AUGGAAGUUUUAUCAUCCGGCGAUGAAUCCGAUCACCGGAACCAGAGUACUCCGCCGGUGGUAGGACCUCAGUCUGCUUCGUACCUUCCGGUCAUUUCUCCGACCAAGCCGCCGGUCGCUGGGGGGAACUACUUGGGGAAAGCUGGGAGCGAAAACCUAACUGAGGUUCAGUUGAUGAAAGAUAGAUUUUCUAAGCUGUUGCUCGGAGAAGAUAUGACUGGAAGAGGAAAUGGAGUUUGUACUGCUCUUGCCAUCUCCAAUGCCAUUACACAUCUCUCUGCUACUGUAUUUGGGGAUCUAUGGAAAUUGGAACCCUUGAGUCCACAAAUGAAGUCGAAGUGGAGAAAAGAGAUGGAAUGGCUUCUAUCAGUAAGUGAUUCCAUCGUGGAACUUACUCCAUCGUUCCAACAAUUCCCAGAUGGAGGCACCUUCGAGGUUAUGGUGACCCGACCCAGGUCCGAUUUAUACAUAAAUCUUCCAGCACUCAAAAAACUCGACGCCAUGCUUGUCACCAUGCUUGACGGAUUCCACGAUUCAGAGUUCUGCUACGUUGAUCGUGGGUUAGUCGUUUCCGAUCAUGGCGGAAACGUUAAACGACGACAUUCUAACGCUUCACUAUCCGAUAGCCCUUUAAUUCAGUAUGAAGAGAAAUGGUGGUUGCCUUUCCCAAAAGUUCCGACGAAAGGGCUGUCGGAGAAAACAGUGAAGAAGUUACAUCAAUGCCGGGAAUGCAGCAAUCAAGUCUUCAAAGCUGCUGCAUCAAUCAAUAACAAUGUUCUUUCGCAAAUGGAGGUUCCUAAAGUUUACUUGGAGACAUUACCCAAGAGUGCGAAAGCUUGUUUAGGGGAAACUCUUCAUCACUAUAUAACAACUACACAGUUCUCGCCGGAAUCCCUAAUUGAUUACCUGGAAAUGUCGUCGGAAUGCACAACUCUUCAAAUAGCAAACAGAAUCGAAGCAGCGAUGCAUAUUUGGACAGGAAAAAGCUCAAAAAGCCAUGGAAACGGGAAGCUAUCAUGGACAGGUAACGUAAAAGGCGAUAAAGAACGAAGUAAACUUCUUUCGGGAAGGGCAAACACCAUUUUGAAGAAUUUAAAGCUCCAAUUCCCUGGUCUUCCACGAACGAGGUUGGAUCUUGAUAAGAUCCAAUCCAACAAGGAUGUAGGGCAAGCGAUUGUGGAGAGCUAUUCUCGGGUGAUUGAAAGUUUAGCUUUUAAUUUAAUGGCGAGGAUUGAUGAUCUGUUAUACGUAGAUGAUGCUACCAAGAAACGUGCUGCAAUGGUGGCUGGUGUUCAUCUUCAACGGCCGAGAUUCCAUGGCUUCUCAUCGUCGUCUUCCAUGGUGGGACGACCGUCGUUUGGCAAUUCAUCUAUGACGAUUAGAAAUCCGGGGAAAAGACGAUCAUCUUUUAGUUCAACGAGCAAUAUUGAUCGGCUUGAAGAGGCUUUAGAAAGAUUAACAUUCAAUUAGCUAUAACUAUAGAUCUAUGGAGGAUAUAUGUAUAUGUGGGUUAAAUCUUAAAUGUACGCUUGAGAUUUGUGUCUUUCAACUAUGGUAACAAAAAGUAGCAUGUUAACUUAUUUGAGGAUUCUUGUUAUUUAUAACCAUAAAUAAUAAAUAAAC